GGCGUAUUAUGCGUUUGUUCUAUUAUCAAAGCAGCUAAAAUACAAGGCGUCAGUUCUCCGCGGCUAAAGAACGAACGCGUCAGAGCCCGUCGUCGUAGUCCACGAAAUCUUCUGAGCUAAGAUUCGUCAGCCCGCUCAACGCGGUUUUCGUUAAUAAACGCAGGACGCGAUACAUCCACGUGCACGCGAUGAGCAGGAUGAUCACGUUUACGCCGCUCAACUCGUCGCCGCGGCGCCGCGGACGCGCGCGGUUCGUGUUAUUCUCUUCACGGACUGGAAAUCCUUCUGGCAGUUGGUUUGGCCACUUGACCUCCUUGUACGGACUCGCCGCGCUACCGGCUCCGCGCCUUGUUUCGCUCAGGAUGCCCUUCGGCAUCGGACUCCGUGAAGUCGUCGCUUCCGCUACUUCGCUAUCGUGUCUAUCGUGUUCGCCAGAACCCCCGCCAGAACCCCCCACCGCCUCUUCUUCGCCGUGGACGGUCAUCAGAGUUCGUUACUCCCGUUCGUCCUCGUCGCCAAAAGCCAUCGCUCGGUCGCUGCGCGUCGCCGUCGCGCGCCUUGAUCUCUCGCGGGCACUGUGUUUCGUUCUCGCGAGUUUAUCUAACACACGCGCGCUGCCGUUCGCGCGGCGUGCGGUGGUCUGUCGCGCCGGUCCUCGGUGGAACUGA